AUAUCGGAUCACCUAUUGGACAUCUAAUUUAUACCUUCGCAGUACGAUGCAGCUUCCAAUGAAUAUCCUCAUUUAUAAAACCUACUUGAUACAACAUAGAAUCCGUCAUUCUGACAAGCGAUAGUCAAAGCCCUGACGUGUUUGGAAACACUUUAGAAUUGUUUUGAUUCAGUAGAUUUAUUUUAUAACAAUGGCGAAACCUUUGCAAAAGGAGAGAGAGAACCGCUCUGCUGAGAAGAAAGACAAUACUUUCCAUCCGUAUACCAUAUCUCCGGAAAGUGCACACACUUCGAUCUUGUUGCUUGAGUCGGAGGAACCUGAGAUACUUUGCCAGACCCUCAGAGCAAUAACAAAGUUCGCAGCCCAAGAUAUACAGAACCGUAUCAUCCUCUUCAACCUCGAUGCCAUCAAGUACAUCCUACUCCAUGUAGAACACCCAGAGCUGAACAUCCGAAGGUUCGCGCUGAAGGCACUGGCACAACUCUGCCAGCUGCCGCGAGGUCCGGAGCAGGUGUUGGCAAACUCUCAGAAUCUGAGAAAGAUUGCCAAUAUGCUUGUUAAGAUGGAAGACGUUUUCGUUCUAGAAUUCGCGUCUUUAGUUCUAUCGGAGCUAACAAGAGAACCAUUGGGGUGUGAACAACUAGUAUCAGCUAAUAUAUUAAGCAGUCUGUUUGCCAGAAUGAAGAACAGUUUAGACCCUGAUGUCCAGAAGAACUGUCUACAGACUCUAAGCAACCUUCUAGCAGACCCGGUCUGCGCCGCAGAAGUAACAAAGAACGCCCAGUUCAGCUGGCCGUCACUCCUGGCGCUGAUGCAGAGCAAAUUCCUUGCCAUACAACACGCGGCUCUGAGGACUGUUGACCAGCUGAUCUGCAGGUAUAAGGACCAGGUCGUGCAGAAGACUUUUAGAGCUUCCACGGGGGUUUUGGAUCUUUGUGAUAUACUUGAGUCCUACGAAUUCCGUGAUGUCCACACGCUAGUCCUCGGCGUGCUCCGCAACUACGUGGAGACGGAAGAGAAUGCGUCACAUCUGUACCAGUCGGGGUGUAUACUGCGACUCCUGGCUUACCUCGAGAUGGCACUGCCGGCUAUGAAGCCUCACUGCCUGGCGGUGCUGACUAAAAUGUCUUUCACUUCUAAUGGCAGAGAUGCGUUAUUCGACACGGAUACGGACCUGAUCUUCUGCCAUCAACUCCUGAGUUCUAACGUGGAACUGCUAGCUGAUGCAGCCAUGGGUGUCGCCAACAUGACGAAGCUAUUGCCUUCUGCUGUGCGCAUGUCUGAUACCAACAUUAUAGAAGCGUUGUGCGCUAUCCUGGGCGACGACGCAGCAGUAUGGUUCUACGUGAGGAUAAACGCGUUGCGUGCGCUACUUGAACUCUGCCGCAUCAUUCCAAAGGCUGCGUUCACAGUCAUCGAACCGAAGACCUUUUCUGCAUUACGGAAUAUUAAUAAAAAAUACAAGGAGACCCCGAUCGAAGCUCAACGUUUAGCAGUGCAGUGUUACAUAAACUUACAGAAUUACCACGUGAGCACGAAGGCCAUGCUCAACGGAGACUUUAUGUCUGAGCUAAUGGGCAUAAUGCAGCGUACAGAUACUAACCUGAAGAUAAUGACGUGUACCGUGCUCACUGGUUUGAUGUCGGAGGAGGCAGCCAGAGACUUGUUCACAGCCAAGAAAGGCGAAGAAGUGGUAUCAAAGAACUUAUAUAUCCAGCACAUUGGUCUGCGCACGGCGUUGUGCACGGUGAUCGCAGCUAGCGUCACCGAUGAGGGUGCUGAUGUUUAUCUCGAUCUUGGAACAAUACAUUACAUGGUGGAGAACAAGCAAGCGCGCUACGUGGUAAGCGCGUGGGAGGCGGCACUCGAGGCUAUCUUCCGUCACCACCCCUCCGCUAAGCUGGCCUACACCGGCAGACUGGACAUCAAUGACUUUACUCAGGAGGGUUUCUACUGCAUGAAGCGAAUGGGCGAGCGGUUCCCGAGCCUCCAGACAGUGAUGACUCAGUCCAAGAAGCCACGGAACCCGGUGUUCCUGUGCAUGUUCCAGCAACCACCCCAUGACGCUGGGUCUGGGCUGGAUAUUAGGAGUCCUCACCAACCGUCGCAGUCCACGCUAGCGGUGACGACAUCUAGUAAGAUGCGGUUCCCAGCAGUACCGGAUGAUCACAACUUGAGGGAGUAUCUCUUGAAGCUGAGGCUGUGGCUGGGAGACCCAGCCAAGUCUUUGCAUUACUAUGAAAUAGAAGACGCACAUUAUGAAGUGAGAUACCGCGAGAAAUGUGAAGAAGUAUCAUCAUCGCUGAAGAACAAGGCGCAGCUGUUGGCGGAGUACGUCGCCGAGCAGAUGAGCGGCCUCACGCAGGAGCGGGACUGCUCCAUGCCUAGCGUUGACUUGCAUUUGGCUGACUUGAUGGCCGACCUAUCAUCCCCCGUCAUAGGGCUUGGCUUCGUGAAGUGUGGCGGAGCACUAGAACGGGCCCUUCUCUUCAAGGUGUUGGCCGACCGCGUGGGCCUGCCCUGUGCUCUGUACAGAUGUUCCAGCGCAUAUGUCUGGUGCGAAAUCGCUGUACCUGAGCUGGACCCGGAAGACGACCCAGCCAUAGAACAGAAAUACCCAGCUGGUCUACUCCGAACGAACUACAUAGUAGACUUGACGCAACGGCCGGGUCGGCUGAUACCUCACGGCAGUAGAGAGGCCAAGCUGGUCUGCGGCCCAGUUUGCUUCGCGCCUUAUACGGCUAAGGAGCUACCUGAAGUGUGUACGUGUGAUUAUCAUCAUCAUCAUCAUCAUGGGUAGAUGGUGAUGAAGUUGUGAUGGGAUAUCAAGAUUGUA